AUGCAUCAUAAGUACGCGGCUCCCAGCACGCCCAAACUCGAUGCCUUACGAUCCGCUAUCUCCGCAAAACUACAGCCAAUAUGUUUUCACGUCAAGAACGACCCAAACUAUGGAACAUACGUCUACGACGAACACUUCUAUGGAAUAUUGUGUUCUCCUCUCUUCGAAGGGAAAACAUACACUGAGAUAAACGCCAUGGUUGAUCAAAUACUAGAACCCCUAGAAAUUACGCCAUCAUCGUCGUUGGAGGUGGAAUAUUGA